AUGGCUAAUACUAGGGUUCUUUUCUCCGAUAUGAAGUCCAGUAGGUGCUAUUUCAGCGUUGACGCUAGACUCCUCCGUAUCUGGGAGGCGACAAGUGCUCGCCAUGGUGGUCAACUCACGUGUCUCGAUAUGCUAAUAAUCGAUGUGAAUGCGGAGAUCAGUGCUGAUCGGAUUCCAUUGUUCCGGCCUAGGCUCACUGCCGGAUCGGCUUCUACACUUUUAUAA